GUUUGCCUCGCGCCUUUAGACUGGCACGUAAUCAGAUCCAGGGGCAUCCGAAUCCUUGCGGCCUCGAUAUGCGACAUUACUGAACUGAACCCAACACCCCCCCAAUCAACGCAUCUCUUCCACAGUGAUAGCACUCUCUAUUACAUCAAACAAUACAAUCACAUACCAUACUCGACAACCAUGCAAACCUCCGUCUCGCCAUCCCCCACCAUCCUGGUGCCCCACCUCCCCCCGAAGACCCUCGUCGGCAUCGACCUGAUCACCUUCACCUCGACGCCCAAUUUCCACGGAAUCCGCGACCUCCCUCCCGGCUGGCACUUCCUCUACACCGGGACAACAGAGAGCCUCUCACUCCGAAGCGGCGCCUGGUUCUACGUCGGCGACAUCAACGCCGCCGGGACGACCAUCAACGCAAAGAACGCGAUCACCACACGCCGCAAUGACACCGGAUCCGAAAUCUACAUCUGGAAAUGGAGUUCUGACAACGAGACUCUCGUGCCGUUGCUGGGCAGUAGCGAUGCAGAUAAGCAGGAGGCUAUGCGGUACAAGGCAAAUUUGGCUGCUGUGUGGCAGCGCGGGAGUCUCUUUCGGUAUCGGAGUCGGGUCCCGCCGUCUUCUAUGUCGCAGGGACGUUCGAAGGUGGGGGGUCAGGCGUCGGUGCCGGAUGAGGUGGAUGAUGUGAAUGAGGAGGAGGGGAGGAGGGAUUGGCAGGGUCUGACGGAUCGGGUUUCGCCGGCACUUCUGUCGCGGAUCUUCGGGGCGCAUGAGGUGGAUGUGGAUGAUCGGCCGCGGUGGACGGUUACGUCUGCGAGCACGGCGAGGAGAGAUGACGAUGAUAUACCUGGUAUUGAGAAGCUGUCGGAAGGGGAGGGGAAUCCAGCAGGAGGCGAAGGCGUGGCGGUGGAGCCGGAGAGCGAGCUUUCGUUCUUGCCUAUUGAUUUGAAAAGAACGUGGAGAGAGGGGGCUAUUGGACGCGAACGAACCGAAGCAGCUCAGGAUCGAUCCUGGGCGCUGGGGGACCUCAUACACCAGGCGGCUGGUACCACCAAGGGCAAUACGGAAGUUGAUGAAAGGCUCGGGGAAGAGCAGGUGCUGGGCGAGUUGCAAUUCACCUUCCUCAUGAUCUUGACCUUGAUGAAUUACUCGUGUCUCCAGCAGUGGAAAAGACUGCUCGGGUUGAUCCUCACCUGCCGAAGUGCGAUCAAGAACCGGGAAGGUUUCAUGAGCGACGUACUGCGCUUGCUUUUACUACAGCUCAAGAGAUGCGACGAUGUCGAGGGCGGACUAUUUGAUCUCGACGGGGAAGAAGGCGGAGACUUCCUGCGGAAGUUACUGGUCAAGUUCCGAAAGUCGCUAUAUGACGUGGUGGAUGGCGCUGCGUCUCCCGUGAAAGACGAAUAUGAGCGACUCGAGCAGUGGGUUAAGGAAGAAUACGACUGGGAGCUGGACCGUGGGGUGGUUGUUCGACACGGCAUGCUGCAAUUGGAGGACGGCGAAGAGGUCGAGAUGGAUACGAACGAGGGCGACGAGGAUCAGGAAAUGGGGGAAUAUGCACCGGUCAUUGUGGAUCUUGGAGAUGGUGAUACUGAGGUUAGCAAGUAUUAGCUGUGGGAGCGAUUGCCAUUUCGUUCCUAGUUAAGAUCCGAACCUUUCUAUAUUACAUGCA